AAACCCCACUCUCUUUCUCUCUCUCUCUCUCUCUCUUUCUCUUCUUACUAAAAACUUCAAACUAAACUUUCCUUCUUCAACAUCUCUCUCUCUCUCCUUCUCGAGAGCUUUGUUCGUUGUUUGUAUCUGUUUUCAUGGCGGAACAAGAUAUGACUCUAUCCGUCAAUGGCCACUCGCAAGUUCCUCCAGGCUUCCGUUUCCAUCCCACUGAAGAAGAGCUUCUACAUUAUUACCUUAGGAAGAAAGUUGCCUUCCAAAAGAUUGAUCUUGAUGUCAUUCGUGAUGUUGAUCUCAACAAGCUUGAACCUUGGGAUAUUCAAGAGAAAUGCAAGAUUGGAUCCACCCCACAAAAUGAUUGGUACUUCUUUAGCCAUAAAGACAAGAAGUAUCCGACUGGAACUCGCACGAAUCGUGCUACGGCUGCUGGAUUUUGGAAGGCCACCGGUCGAGAUAAGAUCAUUUAUACUGGAUCCAAAAGAAUUGGGUUGAGAAAAACUCUAGUAUUUUACAAAGGAAGAGCCCCUCAUGGCCAAAAAUCUGAUUGGAUCAUGCAUGAAUAUCGCCUCGACGACAGUGAUCGCGAUAUCAAUAUUUGUAACUCGAUCGGUGAGUCACAACUAGCAGAAGAUGGAUGGGUCGUGUGUCGCGUUUUCAAAAAGAAGAACUACCAAAAGAGCAUAGAUAGCCCAAAGACCUCCCCAACCUCCAUGGAUUCCGAGGUUCACUUACUAAACUCAAACAAUGAUGGUGUUUUGGAUCAAAUACUUCAAUACAUGGGAAGAACAUGCAAGCUAGAAAUGGAGUCAUUUUCCAAUAUAGACAACAACAACAACUCAUCUUCAAGAUUAAUCCUCAACCCAAACAACAAUAACAACACAGAAGAUCAACAACAACCAAUUGACAAAUCAUUCAUGCAUCUUCCAAGGCUAGACAGCCCCACAACAAUCCCUUCAAUAAUCUCCCUCCACCAACUCGAAACAACGUCGUUCGAUCACAUCAUCUUCAACCACGAGAUGCUUUCAGUUUCAGAGACAACAACAGAGCCAUCGCCUCGACCCAUCGUCAAGCUCGACAAUUGGGUCGCCUUUGAUCGACUUGUCGCUUCCCAACUGAACGGCCACGAUGAAAGAGCCAUGGAAGACGAUGAAGAUGAACAACAACAUCAUCAACAACAACACCAUCAUCAUAUGCAAGUUUCAAGCCGAGGAUUGGGAUAUGGUCAUGAGAAUGAUAUUUGGGGCUUCACUAAGUCAUCGUCUUCCUCAUCAUUAGACCCACUAUCCCAUUUGUCGGUUUAGUAGAAGCACACUCCAAUACCAACCUCAAAUUAUAUAUCAUACUUCAACAACAUCAUCAUCUUCUUCUUGUACUAUCACCUUCCUUAUAUAUAUAUAUACUUCUUUUAAUUAAACUUAGUAUAUAUCAAAAUAUCU